UGGGUCUGUGUGGUUGAAGGCAAUUACCCAGAGGGAGGUGGGAGUAGAAUCAGCCGUCUGUCUGCAGCUACUGAUUUACAGAAUACACACUGAACAGGAGAGAAGGAGGAGGAGAGAGAGAGAGAGAUUAUUAAAGAACAAAAAAAGUCAUAGUACACCUGAACAAGGAGUGGUUGAGCCUGAAAAACAGGAUCAACUUAUAGUUUCAAUAUGGCGUUCUAACAUACUGUGGUAGUAAAGCACUUCUGUGAUCUUGUACUGAUAUUCAGGGACUACUGCCAUCAGAGCCUCCACAUAAGUGCUGAGCACUGGGGAUCAUCAUGUUGAAAAGGAAGAAGUCGUGUUGAGUGGAAGCAAAAAUAAUCUUUCCUUAUAUAGAGAAAGGUGGGGAAAUCAAUACGCCUCCAGCUGUAAGUGGAGUUGUCAUGGCAACGACAUCUCAAUUUCUGAAUACAACACUAUCUUCAGUAAAUACAACGACAAAGUCACAGGAACAGAUUCUUUAUCAGAGUGCUGGAGCAAUAGUUGCUGCUAUUGUAGUGGGCGUAAUUAUCAUAUUUUCACUGGUGCUUGUUGGCCUCAAGAUGUACAACAGGCGCACACGGACGGAGAGGGAACUGGGAAUGAAAAGCACCAAAGCCACAAAUACACCAAGCACACGAGUUCACAACAGUUCCAUCAGUCAGCCCACAUCUUUAACAUCUGUUCCACCUGACAUACAUCUUGAGAAUCGAUGACCAAUGAUAUUCCGUGCUUCGGGAAAAUGAAGUUGAGCCUUUAUUUGGAUGACAUUUAAAGUAAAUUUGUGACAUCGACUUAUCAUUGACUUAUCAUCCCCAGAACUGCGUUUAAACACAGAUUCAGAAUGUGAGAAAAUGGCUGUUUGCAAGAUUGACCAUCCCUGUAUUAACAGCGCCAUACUGGAAUGAGUAAAUUGAUAUUUUCUAAGACCAGAGUGACAUUACCUGCUGUGUACAUAUUAUGGCAAUGGAAAGCCUCAAACUCUCCUUUUACUUUGCCUCUGUUCAUUGUCUUGUUUUUACGCAAAUCAAGGAAAUGUAGCAAGUGUGCCUGUUAGACUGUUGGGCCACAUUUCUCUGAACAUGACUGACAUCCUAAUGGCUAAUAUAUAUAUAUAUAUUUAUAUUUAUAUCGAGAAAUAAUGUGUUUUGUAGAUUGUUGGAUAUUUUCUUUCUUUUAAUCUGUUAUGUCACUCCACAACCUUUUAUUCCCCUGUAGCCAUUCAUGACAAUAACUAUGUCUUGAACAGAAAAGCAAGUCAAGCAAUAUCACCAAUAUAAAUGUAUUACCUGGGAAUCUGAGCAGCAUUUCAGUAAUAUGAGUAAUAACCAGGGGCGGAUUGGAAUGGAAAACCAGCACGGGAAAUUUAUGGAAGCAGCCCUAAUGAGGGUGCGGUCUGAUGAGUGUGUGGGGGUCUAUUGAGGGGGGGCGGGAUCCUUUCUCAUAGGGCCUGAAUGUACGCAAUUGCGCCCUUCCUUGUGUCUUUUGCUGCAGUUGUGUCUGAGAGUAAUAACAUACCACAGAAGUGACACAACCAUUGAUUAGUCUUAUUACUCACCCCCCUCAGUGUAGUAUGUCUGCCGCAGAAUGCUGGUACUCUGUGACUAUUGUUUUCCGGUAUAUACAGCAGAUAAAAGUUGGGGUUAUGUAACUAGUGAGGCCUGUGCAUACCUCCCAACUGUCUCCAUUUAUGUCACACCAGCCAGCAUGCCUGUAUCUACUGUACUUGCAGGAAUCUGUAAAGGUGGGCCAAGGGGGGACAUCACCAUAGAGAAUAGGUGCUGUGCUCACAUGCCAUGAUGCACAAUCAAAGAUACAGUAUGCUGGGAGCUGGCUAUAGCACUGGUUUACAUUGUACACCCCAAAAUGUAGUGACCAUGAACCCAACUUGGCCUGACCACACUUCUUUUUCUCUUGAUUAUCUCCUGAAUAAUGUUGGGGGAUGGUAUGCAGAUGUACACACCUGCCUACACAGUUUGUGAGGAGGGGGCAUUAUUAAUUUACAGUAAUGGGAAUUUUUAAACAUGUUUUUAUUGAAGCAUCAAAGUGUCACAUGCACAGAUAUUGUAAGAAAUAAUGGUGUGAUAAUUACAGACAAUGGUGUAAUACAUGGAAUA